AUGCCUGACUCCCCCGAGCCAGAUGUCUCCAAUCCAGUGCACCCACGGCCCGCCAGGUCGUUUCCAUUCUGCAAGACCGAAUGCAUCCCCGGUGACGGCCGUGCCGUACACGAAGACGACGUCGACGAUGCCCCUCUCGAUGCGUUGAGGCGCUGGAAUGAUGGUGCUCAGACCAUCGCCAUUGAGCAGCUGGUGGCGCUGAAACAGGGGCUGAGGACGUCGGACACGGAGCUGUUCUGGAAACGGCUCAUGGAGGACAUCACAUCGAUCAGCAAGGCCCAGUAUGGGUUUGUCGCGAGCCGAGUGCACGGUGGCGAGCCCAUGGCUGAAUUGCGGGGGCGGCGGCCCUCGUUGUUUGGUGCUGUGUUUUACUACAAUGACGGCUAUGACACUGUCGGGUUGCAGCGCAAUCGAUAUUUUGCGGGCGGGAACCCGUUGCUGCAUAUGGACCACGAGCGGCCCUGCUUGAUUCCGGAAAAUUUGAGCUCGCUGGUUUCCUUUGGAGAUGACCAAUUGCCCUUUGCUGCCGAAGCAUACUUGGCAAUUCCGCUCUUCUCGGCUGGCAAGUGCCUGGCGCACCUGGGUUUGAUGUGGACAAAGGACGGCCUUCGGAGCCGUAACCUGUCUUGGUCCUUUUUGCAGAUGAUCCUGCAUUCGCUCGAGGACCUGAUCGUCCAGCGACUUCUACCGGGAGAGGCUGUGUCGAAACAUGAGAACUCGGAGCCUUCAACCACAAUCCCAUCGACUGUUCAGGAUCCGCCAGGGGUUCCUCUACACGAGGCCUCCGAGUUCACUGCCCAGCCGCUGAAACCAUAUGCACGAAGCUUGUCUCAUGAACUCCGGACCCCGAUGCAGGGAGUAGUGGGCAUGCUCGAUGUGAUGCACGCUACCGUUAGAGAGGCAAUGGAGAGCCCGACCCCGGUGAAAUCGGGCGGGAUAUUUCAGACCCUGAAGGAGGGUAUUGAAAUGGUUCAAGACAGCGCACGCCGUGCAGUGGAAGCGGCUGAUAACGUCGUCCAUGCCUACGAUCUCAAUAUGCAAGUCCCCAAAACGCCUAUACGGGAGCACGAAAGCGGGUUUCUGGAAGAAUCUGCCAUGCCAGCAGAUAUUCCUGAGACUCGGCCAAGCGUCUUCAUCGCAGGCAACAAUAUUGCAGUGAAUCCAUACAAGCGACGCCGAAGUCAACCAUUGAAUGUCACUUCCGAACCACCACGCAAACAGAGGAUUCGCUCAUCUUCACGACCAGAGCUUUCACCGCGGAGUGAAGAGGUUAAAAAUGCCGUUCACGAAAGCGAUCAGAUCGUCCAUGCUACACCAGCCCGCGAGAUCGAAGCCGUCAUGGCCAACAUGGUGGAUCCUCGCCCGUCCCUCGCGGUUCGACGGUCCGCUCCUCAUCUCUUGUUGGAGGGAAUCAACGUAAAUAUGAGGGGCUCGGCUCUGCGCUUCACCAAACUCCGUGAUCUUCUCCGUUUGGUGAUCAACGAGUCCCUUCAUGUCGAUGGUCGACCUGACUCUACUGUGGGCAACGCCACUGAGUUCGGCGAGAGAAUCGAGAUCCGAUCACGAUCUUCAAAUGGGGAGGUUUUCACUAAAAUCGUGGAUUGGUCUGUUGAUCCGGCGCUGCCCGACACAUUGCUCGCCGAUGAUCGAGACCUGGCGAAGCUAAUCUCGUGUGUUUUCCUGAAUGCCAUCAAAUUCACGAACAAUGGCACCAUCACGGUUUACGCAACGAUCGACCGCCGAACAAACGAUGUCUUGAUUCUCGUCCGAGAUACCGGCCCCGGGAUUCCCGCAGCAUUCUUGCCUAGUCUUUUCAAGCCCUUUGCCCGUGAGGAUGCCUCGACUACACGAAGUAAGGACGGGCUGGGACUCGGCCUGCUUGUGGCCAAGGGUCUGUCGCGGAAGAUGGGAGGCGACCUGAUCUGCAUGCGCUCGUCAACCUCGGGUCCAGACCAUGGCUCGGACUUUCAGAUCCGCGUGCCCGUCAACCAGCGUGAGGCUAACAGUCAUCCCGACACUCCAGGUGAGAGGACGAGCAGUCCACCCAUUAUCAACGACUUCUCCCAGCAGGGCAGCGCAAGCAGCUGCAUUUUGGACCCUGCCUCCAUUUCUCCUUUCUUCCCUCAGUAUCAACAACUGCAACAACCAACCCCUAGCACCAGCGAGGACUCCACAUCUCAAGGCUCGACACCCCCACGACCGUCGUCACAUCCUCGAAGUGGAAGCGGUCGGUCCCCAAUCUCACGGGAUGCGUACGACAAGAAACUUGGAGAGAAAUAUCCUCUCCGUUUCCUCGUUGCUGAGGACAACAGAAUCAACCGGCGUGUGCUGGUCAGCAUGCUGCGGAAGCUCGGCUACCGUGACGUCUUAGAAGCGGCAGACGGCAAAGAAGCAGUUCAAAUCGUGCACGAUAUUUUCUCAGCGUCCGGCGCUGCUCCCCGCGAGUCAGAUGCUGUCCCUGCAGAUCAACAACAUGAUGCAUCCAGCACACCACCCUCCAUCACAGAAAUGAAGCCAGUCGACAUCGUCUUAAUGGAUCUUUGGAUGCCCGAAAUGGACGGGUAUGAAGCCACUGCUCGCAUCCUCCAGAUGGUCGACGAUCGCCGAGGCCUAUUGGACACCACCGCAGACACACUUCGAGCACCACCACCCCCUACCGUCCUUGCCGUCAGUGCAGAUGUCAGCGACGAGGCAUUGAACCGGGCCUCCAAAGUCGGGAUCAAAGGGUACAUGACGAAACCAUACAAACUCUCCGACCUAGAACGUCUGAUUAUCGAGUUCUGCGGCGUUCCUGCGGCAGCUAUGGCAUAG